CGCAAAUUGAGGAGCACCUCUUUCUUGCAACUUGACCUGGCUUUUUUUUUGUGAACUUUCUUCAUUCGCGACAGCCUCGAUUUUUCUGAACUAACCACCACAACAUCACACAGCCGUCAAAAUGGGUAGAGGACCGAAGAAGCACCAGAAGCGCCUCAGCGCGCCCUCGCACUGGCUGCUGGACAAGCUGUCCGGUGUCUACGCGCCCAAGCCGUCGCCCGGUCCGCACAAGCAGCGCGAGUGCCUGCCGCUUGUCGUCUUCCUCCGCAACCGCCUCAAGUACGCCCUCAACUUCCGCGAGACCAAGGCCAUCCUGAUGCAGCGCCUCGUCAAGGUCGAUGCCAAGGUCCGCACCGACGCCACCUACCCCACCGGCUUCAUGGACGUCAUCUCGAUCGAGAAGACCGGCGAGAACUUCCGUCUCGUCUACGACACCAAGGGCCGCUUCACCGUCCACCGCAUCCAGGCCGAGGAGGCCGAGUACAAGCUCGGCAAGGUCAAGCGUGUCCAGCUGGGCCGCGGCGGAAUCCCAUUCUUGGUUACGCAUGAUGCCAGGACCGUCCGCUACCCUGACCCCCUGAUCAAGGUCAACGACACCGUCAAGAUCGACCUUGCCACUGGCAAGAUCACCGACUUCAUCAAGUUCGACACUGGUGCCAUGGCCAUGGUCACCGGCGGUCGCAACAUGGGUCGUAUCGGUGUCAUCACCCACCGUGAGCGCCACCACGGCGGCUUCAACAUUGUCCACCUCAAGGACGCCAUCGACAACACCUUCGCCACCCGUGAGAGCAACGUUUUCGUCGUCGGCACUGAGAAGCCGUGGAUCUCGCUGCCCAAGGGUAAGGGUGUCAAGCUCACCAUCGCUGAGGAGCGUGACCGCAGGCGCGCCCACACCAUCGCCCACUAAGGAGUUGGUGGUAGUGAUGGUUGGUGUUGCGUGUGGGUUUGUUAAAUUUGGGCAAAAAAUCACACGGGGUUUCUUUACAGAAAGAAUCAUGGGAACGAAUUCAUCGGUACGGAGUCCAGGAUGCGGCUUUUUUCUUUCUUUCGUAGGGCACUCAUAUCUAGCUAGUCUGAGACUUGAUGUAAGGGUUUCCAUGCUCCCUUCGUGGAGUUGGGGAUAUGACGAAUGGCUCAGUAUAAUGAAGCGCUGCCCCAGGGUUCUAUUGUGUGUCCAUUUGUCAACGCCGUUUUGUUGAUUGGUCUGCUUCCAGCAAGUGAGAGCGUCUUUGAAAGGGCA